UAGAAAAGAAAGGAGGGAUUUUUUUCUUCUUACCGAAAACAAAGAAGCCCUCGACCUCCUUUCUCCUGCGAAGAAAGGGCUCGCUGCUUGCUCUCACCGCCUUUAACUUUACUCUCUAUCUCUCUAGCUUCUUCAGCGAUUCCUUUUCUCGAUCGUAAGACAUGGCAGGGCAAGCACCAGAAGGAUCUCAAUAUGACAGUCGGCAGUAUGAUUCAAAAAUGAAUGAAUUGCUUGAUGGCCAGGAUUUUUUUACUUCAUAUGAUGAAGUUUAUGAUAGUUUUGAUUCCAUGGGCCUGCAAGAGAACCUACUACGAGGCAUUUAUGGCUAUGGCUUUGAAAAACCCUCUGCAAUUCAACAAAGAGGAAUUGUUCCUUUCUGUAAGGGACAUGAUGUGAUACAACAAGCUCAAUCUGGGACUGGAAAAACAGCUACAUUUUGUUCUGGAAUUUUACAGCAGCUUAAUUAUGGCUUAGUUGAAUGUCAAGCUCUGGUUCUUGCACCAACUCGAGAAUUAGCACAGCAAAUCGAAAAGGUAAUGCGUGCACUUGGGGAUUACCUUGGUGUGAAGGUUCAUGCUUGUGUUGGAGGAACCAGUGUUCGUGAGGAUCAGCGGAUUCUCUCCAGUGGUGUUCACGUUGUUGUCGGCACACCUGGUCGGGUGUUUGAUAUGUUGCGAAGGCAUUCGCUCCGUCCUGAUUAUAUUAAAAUGUUUGUACUGGAUGAGGCAGAUGAGAUGCUUUCACGAGGUUUCAAGGACCAGAUCUAUGACAUCUUCCAGCUGCUUCCAUCAAAAGUUCAAGUUGGUGUUUUCUCAGCCACAAUGCCUCCUGAGGCUUUGGAGAUUACCCGCAAAUUCAUGAACAAGCCUGUAAGGAUCCUUGUCAAGCGAGAUGAACUGACCUUGGAAGGAAUAAAACAGUUCUAUGUGAAUGUUGAUAAGGAAGAAUGGAAGCUUGAGACCCUUUGUGAUCUUUAUGAAACAUUGGCCAUUACUCAGAGUGUUAUUUUUGUGAACACUAGGCGCAAAGUGGAUUGGCUCACCGACAAGAUGAGGAGCAGUGAUCAUACAGUAUCGGCCACCCACGGUGACAUGGAUCAAAACACGAGAGAUAUUAUUAUGCGGGAGUUUAGAUCUGGUUCUUCUCGUGUUCUCAUCACCACUGACCUCCUUGCCCGCGGUAUCGAUGUUCAACAGGUCUCAUUGGUCAUCAAUUUUGACUUGCCAACUCAACCUGAAAAUUAUCUUCAUCGUAUCGGUCGUAGUGGGCGGUUCGGAAGAAAGGGUGUGGCUAUCAACUUCGUCACCAAUGAUGAUGAGAGAAUGCUGGCUGACAUACAGAGGUUCUACAAUGUUAUCAUUGAAGAACUGCCAUCCAAUGUUGCUGACCUCCUUUGAGGUUUUUGCUUUUAGAAACUGGUUAGGCCUUUCCAAAAUCUUAAUAAUCUCUUUAUAUUUAUGUAUUAAACUGUGUGGUUUGUGAUUUAUUAUUGUUGUUGUUGAUAACUUAAAGGAGUGUUCAUCUUAUAUGUCAAAUUUUGUAGCUUAUGUAUGGAUGACCUUACAAGGAGGCAUCCUGGAUGUUAUUUUUUGUUAUGUUUGAAUGUGAUGUAUUAUGUGUUUGAUACUAUGCUUUACAUUUUGAACUAGUUUAACGGCUCUUUUUAAUAUA